AUGGUUAGUGUGUCUGAAAUCCGCAAGGCUCAGAGGGCAGAAGGCCCUGCGACAAUCUUGGCCAUUGGCACUGCAAACCCAGCUAACUGUGUUGAACAAAGCACAUAUCCUGAUUUUUACUUUAAAAUCACUAACAGUGAGCACAAAACUGUACUCAAAGAGAAAUUCCAACGCAUGUGUGAUAAAUCUAUGAUCAAGAGGAGAUACAUGUAUCUUACUGAAGAAAUUUUGAAAGAAAAUCCAAGUGUUUGUGAAUACAUGGCACCUUCGUUGGAUGCCAGGCAAGACAUGGUGGUGGUAGAGGUACCUAGACUUGGGAAGGAAGCUGCAGUGAAGGCCAUAAAAGAAUGGGGUCAACCCAAAUCCAAGAUUACUCACUUGAUCUUUUGCACCACAAGUGGUGUAGACAUGCCCGGAGCCGAUUACCAACUGACGAAACUCUUAGGCCUUCGUCCAUAUGUGAAGAGGUACAUGAUGUACCAACAAGGUUGCUUUGCCGGUGGGACGGUGCUUCGUUUGGCUAAGGAUUUGGCCGAGAACAACAAAGGCGCUCGUGUGUUGGUUGUUUGUUCUGAAGUCACUGCGGUUACAUUCCGCGGUCCUAGUGAUACUCAUUUGGACAGUCUUGUUGGACAAGCAUUAUUCGGAGAUGGAGCUGCUGCACUUAUUGUUGGUUCUGACCCUGUACCAGAAAUUGAGAAACCUAUCUUUGAAAUGGUUUGGACUGCACAAACAAUUGCUCCAGAUAGCGAAGGUGCCAUUGAUGGUCAUCUUCGCGAAGCUGGACUAACAUUUCAUCUUCUUAAAGAUGUUCCCGGGAUUGUCUCAAAGAAUAUCAACAAAGCACUGGUGGAGGCAUUCCAACCAUUAAACAUUGAUGAUUACAACUCAAUCUUUUGGAUCGCUCAUCCCGGUGGACCUGCAAUUCUAGACCAAGUUGAGGAAAAGUUAGGCUUAAAACCCGAAAAGAUGAGGGCCACAAGGGAAGUACUUAGUGAAUAUGGAAACAUGUCAAGUGCAUGUGUAUUGUUCAUCUUAGACGAGAUGAGAAAGAAAUCGGCUCAAGAAGGACUUAGGACAACUGGAGAAGGCCUUGACUGGGGUGUGUUGUUCGGGUUCGGACCUGGACUUACCAUUGAAACUGUUGUUCUCCAUAGCGUGGCUAUUUGA